AUGACCGUCAACGGCACCAACGGGGAUUCCCCGUCUCUCGGCGAACUUAAGCAUAUCUCGUCGACUCGCUUAACUCCCAGCCUCAGCAUCCAUUCAUUCUCUAUUCUUACAAACCAUGAGUUCAGUCGGAGCUUCCGUCCAAGUCAACACCUGACACUGCAAUUCCCGUCCGAUCUAGACCCUGUAUCGGGACCCCAGAAUUUGUCGGACCAAGAGCGAUGUCUUUCUUUCACACCAUUUCACUUGCAGUAUACAGAGGAUGAGAGCAUUGAGAGCAUCUCUCUCAUGGCGCGUAAUGGCCGCGUUACAGGGCUGUUGGGACUUCCAAGACCGCAUGGACCUUUGGUCGCUAAGAUUGUUGAGGUCGGUGGCGGAUUCCCCUCCGAGAUCAUAGAACAAGCCGGCCAAGCAUUGUGCAUAGCUGGCGGUACUGGCAUCGCACCAUUCAUUGGUAUGGCUGUGGCCAAAAACUGCAGUAGCAAUACCAAUGGCCUGAAGCCUAGUCUCAUUUGCAGCAUUCGCGGGGAUGACUUUGGAGUUAUUGAGUAUCUCUGGAACCAUGAGAUGCUAUACCCGCCAGAUUGGAAUGUGAUUCGAAUUUUCGUGACACCUGGAGAAGAAACCGGCGGGAUGGCUGCUGGCAAGUCACAUGGCUGGUGGUAUCAGCAGUUCAGGGAGCUCUUACAAGAUCAAAACGACAGCGAAGUCUUCCGCCUCGGGAGAAUGGAGAAAGAAGACUUGGAGAGUUUGAGUAAAUAUUCUGAUGACUCAGUGCUCUUUUGCGGAAGCAAGCAACUGGAGUGGCAAGUCAAGAUGUGGUUUCUGGGAAAGAAGAAUAUCCAUUGUACAGAGAGAUAG